GUUAAAUUUGGGCUAUACCUUCUCCGUGUAAAGAAGUUAAAGCGUUGACAAACCCUAAGAUCAAAAAACCUAGUUACAAUCAACCCUCUCUAGGAGCUGCUUGAGUCUCUUUUCUCCUCCUAGGCAAAUGUCGCGUGUGUACGUGGGGAAUUUGGACCCAAGAGUUAGUGAGCGUGAUCUCGAGGAUGAGUUCCGUAUCUAUGGAGUUAUCAAGAGUGUUUGGGUUGCUCGUAGACCACCUGGCUACGCUUUUCUAGACUUCGAGGAUCCCAGAGAUACCCGUGAUGCCAUCCGUUUGAAUUUGACGACAUGCAUUCUGUUUAAAUGGACAGGCAAGAAUGGUUGGAGGGUGGAACAGUCUCACAACCGUGGAGGUGGUGGAGGAGGGGGCCGUGGUGGUGACCGCGGAGGAGAUCGUGGUGGCCGUGGUGGUGGGUCUGAUUUGAAGUGCUAUGACUGUGGUGAGCCUGGUCACUUUGCACGUGAAUGCCGUAACCGUGGUGGCACAGGAAGGCGUCGCAGCAGGAGCCGCAGUCCUAGAUACAGGAGGAGUCCAAGUUACGGACGCAGGAGUUACAGCCCUCGUGGAAGAUCUCCUCCUCCUCCAAGACGCCGCAGCCCUUCACCUCCUCCUGCUCGUGGUCGCAGCAGCUACAGUAGAUCACCACCUCCGUACAGAAGGCGUGAUGAACUGCCUUAUGCUAAUGGGAAUGGACUGAAAGAUAGACGCCGAAGCCGGAGCUGAGAGGUUUAUGCUGUGAGAAACUGAGAUGAUGACGAAGUACUACUUACUUUUGGAGAUUAAGGACUGUGAUUGGAUUACAUUUUGCGUAGGUAGUGUUAUGUAUCUGCCCUUAGGUAAAUUAACAUAAUGUUUAGUUUUGGAAUUUCUGAUAAUAAAGACCUAUGCUUUCUCUUUUC